AUGAAGGUCUACUCCGUCACUUUCUUCGCCUUGCUGGCCCUUGCUGGCGUCCACGCUCAAAGCUCUGAGUCUGAGAGUCUCCCACCCAGCCCGACUGAGUCUGUUGGCUGCUCUCCUCACGGGGACCAUUGGCAUUGCUCCGCUCCUGCCACUGCCACCGACGCCGCAGUCACCGCAACCACUGCCUCUGCCAGCGAAGACCCAGGUCCAAGCCCUACCGAGUCAGUUGGGUGCGAGCCUCAUGGUGACCACUGGCACUGCGAUGGUCCUGCCGUGACUAGUGCACCUGCCUCGAGCUCCGCAGCUGCUCCAGCAGCAACCACUGCUGCAACGACCGCCAACGAGGCCACCACCGGCAGCGAGGACCCUGGUCCAAGCCCCACUGAGUCUGUCGGCUGCCAUCCUCAUGGUGACCACUGGCAUUGCGAGGGACCAGCCACGGCAACUGACGCCGCUGCCACCGGCACUUCCAGCAGCGAGGAUCCCGGCCCAAGCCCAACGGAGUCUGUCGGCUGCCAGCCUCACGGUGACCACUGGCAUUGCUCAGCCCCUGCCAGCGCCACCGACUCUGCCGGCAGCACCUUGGCCACGACUACCUCUGCGGCUUCGAGCAGCGCCGCCACCACUUCCGUUGCUAUUGAGUCUGGUAACGGUGCCGACAAGAUCCAUGCUGGUUUUGGGGCGGCUGUUGCAGUCAUUGUUGCAUUGGCCCCUGCUCUCUAA